AUGCCUGGACAACUUCCCCCCUACAGGCCCAGCCUGUUCGACCGCGUUCUAACCAAGGCCUUUGGCAUGAUUAACAAGAUUGUGCCGUGGUACAAGUUCCCGGGCAUCAUCGGGGCCAUCAACCUCGAGGCAAUCAGGACGACUUUGCGCCGCAACAACCUCCACGACGGCUACCCACCCGGACACGCUGUGGUCAGCAUGGCCGAGCCAGAGCCCAUGGAUGAGCGCUUCCUCCACGCGCGAAACUCGGACGGAAAAUACAACUCGCUUACGAUGCCACGCAUGGGUUGUGCGGGCAUGAGGUUCGGACGCCAGUUUCCUCGUGAAUACUGCCGCAAGCCAACAGAAGAAGAGCUCUGGAAUCCGAAUCCCCGCGUCAUUAGUGAAAGGUUCAUGAAGCGCCGGGAGGGUGGUUUCAUCCCUGCCACGACGCUCAACCUCCUCGCCGCCGCCUGGAUUCAGUUUCAAACGCACGAUUGGAUGGCUCAUGAAAAGGCUCACGACUCGUAUAAUAUUCCUCUUCCAGAAGGAGACGGCUGGCCAGGUGGUCGGAUGGAACUGCUCAAGACGCAGCCCGACGAGAUCCUUGACGCCUCGGAUAUCGAAACGCCGGGAUACAAGAACGUGAAUACGGCCUGGUGGGAUGGGUCCCAGAUUUACGGCUCGAGCGAGGUCGAAACGGAGAGGCUACGCACCGCGCACGAGGACGGCAAGUUGAGGCAGAUUUCCUACGACGCGGCCGGCGUCCCUCUGACUGGUUUCGUCGACAACUGGUGGUUUGGCCUACACAUUCUUCACUCGCUCUUUGUCCUCGAGCACAACGCCAUCUGCGACAGGCUCCGUCGGGCGUAUCCAGAUUGGAACGGCACCAAGAUCUUCGAUACUGCCCGGCUCGUCAACUGCGCACUCAUGGCCAAGAUCCAUACGGUCGAAUGGACGCCGGCGGUUCUCGGCCACCCGGCUCUGCAGAUUGGCAUGAAUGCGAAUUGGUGGGGGCUCGCCGGCGAAACCCUCACAAAGUUCGUCGGCCGGCUCUCCAAGACGAGCGAGAUAAUCAGCGGCAUCCCGGGGUCUCCAACCGAGCUCUUUGGCGUUCCCUACUCCCUCACCGAGGAGUUUGUCAUUGCCUUUUUCAACGGCGCCACGGGCGCGCACCAUUCGACUGUGCCCAUCAACGACCUCAUCUUCCACCAGGCGCCGGCGCCCUUCAAGACGGGCCUCGACUUAUCCGAUGCCUUUUACUCGUUUGGCAUCAAUUAUGCCGGCGCCAUCACGAACAACAACUACCCCGAUUUCCUGCGCAGCCUGCACACGCCCGACGGACAGGUCCGCGACCUGGGGACCGUCGACAUCCUCCGGGACCGCGAGCGCGGCGUCCCGCGGUACAACCAGUUCCGCAGACUGCUGGGCAUGUCGGCCCCCGAGACGUUUGAACAACUGACGGGCGGUAAUAACGAGUUGGCGCAAGAACUGCGCGACGUCUACGGCGACAUUGAGCUCGUGGAUGCCCUCGUCGGGUCGCACAGUGAGCCGCUCAUCAAGGGCUUCGGCUUUAGCGAGACGGCCUUUCGCGUUUUCAUCCUAAUGGCAAGCAAUCGCCUCAAGAGCGAUCGCUUCUUCGCCGGCUCGUGGAACGCGCAGACGUACACCGAGGAAGGGCUGCAUUGGGUGCAGCAUACCACCAUGAAGGAUAUUUUGCGGAGACACUGUCCGGAGCUGGGCCCGGUCCUGGAUCAGAGCGAAAACGUGUUUGCGCCGUGGGCCAAGCUGCCCAAGUCAAAGGCGUAUGGGGGCAUUGAGACAAAUGCCUGA